AUGUCCCUAGUGGCGGAUCAAGUACGGCGGUUGGACGCGCAGCUAGACCGCAUCCCUUUUAGCCACUUGACGAGCUAUGACGCCACCCAAGCUUCGAUAGACUUGGAUAGUCCUCGUGCGAAAGAACUGCUGAGGAUCAUCAAAGCCCUAUCGGCUGCCUCGGGAUCGCAAAGUACCCUCCCCGCACGGAAUAUCCAGUCUCUCCUAUCUCAGUCGGAGUUACUCUCGGACGAGACUGAGGAGAUAUCGGCGAACCAGUACGAGGCUGAGCUCGAGUGGAGAUUGGUUAGCAAGGCAACUGUGCAAACAUACGGUAUUAUUUUGGAUACUCUGUUAGAUCAGAUCAUUCCUCUGAGUGACCACAUCUGGUACUGGGACGAUGUGCUGUCGUCUCCGACGAACAGCAGUAUAUACCUGGUGCAAACUUCCCCUAUGCGAGUCUGGGCUUGGACUAGGGAAAUCUACAAGGACAGCAAGACUAGGUUUCAACAGUACACUAGAGGUGGCACUUCAGUCGCUGGUUUGGCCGGAGCAGCUCAACGAUGGAGCCAAUUCUACAAUAUUGUGCGAGAGACCAUACACGAAAGGUCGCUCGCCAACAUGCAGAGGAAGAUAUUGUCCCCCAUUGCUCUUUGUCGGUCCGAGGCCCGUAAGAAGCAAGCUAAGCUGAAAAGGCUUAGAGAAAUGACCUCGAGCGGCCUGGGUGUUUUAAUCGACGAGGGUCUCGCCUUCAACAGCAACGGAAGUGAUGACGGUAAGAGUGAUAUGAUCCUCUCAGCUAAUCAAGAAUGGAAAGGUGUCGUGGAGCGAAGCGUCGCUCUAAUGGACAUGGUCCUCAAAGACGUCCUGACAUUGGAUGUCAGAGUUGCCGAUUUUGAAGAUAGAGUCUUUGCUGGCGUUGAAGAGGAUCCUGAGUUGUCGAUCCUGGCCGACGAAGACGAAACAAAUCGCCCGGCUGUAGUGGCUAAAAGGCUUCAGGACUUACUAAAAACUCAAUUGCCGCAACACCUUGGAGAAGCAGAAAAACUACUAACAGAAAAUGGACGACCGUCAAGACUCGUGAGAUACUGGCUCCCUGCCACUGCGCUUCUCCUCUCUUCGUCUACGAUUCUCCGCAUCUUGGUCAAUAGAAAACAGGAGAUUUUGCAGUGGGUUAGUGACUUUGGCGUAACUGUUCGUGACUUCUGGUUCAACUGGGUUAUCGAUCCUGUUCGAAAGGUUGUUGGCACUAUCCGCCACGACGACAAUAGCGAGAUUGCUAUCAUGAGUCGGGAUAGCCUGAAGGCGGACAGGGAAAGCUUAGAGCGUAUGGUCGUCGACUUUGCUCUCGAUAAGCCGAAUGUGGCAACCGGCGCCUCGUCAAUAUCAGAGUUACAGGUUGCCGAAAUCAGAGCCAAGGUCCGGGAGGGAGAUGUGACACCGAUUCUUCGCGCGUACGAAAAAGACCUACGCAGCCCCUUUAUGGGUACGGUGCGAGGUGACUUGGUCCGAACGCUGCUCAUUCAGGUUCAAAAGACAAAGGUUGACAUCGAAGUCGCCAUGAGCGGGAUUGAUGCCCUUCUGAAAAGCCAGGAACUUGUAUUUGGCUUCGUAGGUCUUACACCUGGUAUUCUCGUGUCCAUUGGAGUGAUGCAAUACCUCCGUGGUGUGUUCGGAGGCAGAAAAGGCUUCCGAGAACACCGGAGAGCCGGCAAAUGCGUCCGAGUUCUACGCAAUAUUGACCGCAUCUUAUCCGAAGCGACGCCCUCGUCUAACAACCUCAUAUCCUACAAAGACCACGGUCUCCUCGUAUGUGAGGUUCACGUCCUUCGACAACUUGCACAUAAUCUCCUCCCAGCCGACAUUGAGAAAGACUUCUUGGAAGACUUGGAUGACCUUGCUAACCUCAAGGGCAUCCAAUCACAGCUGCGAGCUUUGGAUAGAAUACGUUGGGCAUAUUCUAACGAAGACUCCUUCACACCGUCCUUCAUCACGACUAUCGGCAUCGACUUUAAGAUCCGCACGAUCGAGCUCGAUGGUAAGCGCGUGAAGCUGCAGAUCUGGGAUACUGCUGGCCAGGAGCGAUUCCGAACUAUCACGACGGCUUAUUAUCGCGGCGCAAUGGGCAUCCUCUUGGUUUACGAUGUCACAGACCAGCGAUCUUUCGAGAACAUCCGAACGUGGUUCGCAAACGUAGAGCAGCACGCCACGGAAGGCGUCAACAAGAUCCUCAUCGGCAACAAGUGCGACUGGGAAGAGAAGCGCGUGGUGUCGACGGAACAAGGCGAGGCGCUUGCCAAGGAGCUCGGCAUCCCCUUUCUCGAGGUAUCCGCCAAGAGCAAUAUCAACAUCGACAAGGCCUUCUAUAGCCUCGCCGGCGACAUCAAGAAGCGUCUCACCGACAUUAGCCCCGCGCAGCAGGCCGCUGCGGCCGGUGGCCAGGGCGUCAAUGUGUCCUCGGGACAGAGCAGCGGCCUAGGCAAGUGCUGCUAA